UGAAGUCAUGAGGCCGCCCCAGCAGAGCCCUCAUGUGAGUCAUAUGAAAGCUCCAGCGCUGCUGACCUCUGGCAAAAAGGCAGUGACCGAGGACAGGAGAGGCCGAGAGGGAGAGCCUCCAGAGCAAGCUUUCUCCUUGAGCCUGGAAGACUAUGGGCCAGGAGCUGUGUGCAAAGACGCUCCGGCCGGGCUGCAGCUGCCAUCGCUGCUGGGAGGGAGGCGAUGCACGCCGCUGUCAGAGGAGAGCGCCCGAGAGGACCGAGGCUGCCAUCCAGCUAACGGACCUCAAAGAAGCAUCACGUUCCAUGACUUCAUUUCACCCCAGGGGACGUCAGGCUGCCCAUGCCCGGAAGUGCAAGAGUAAAAGGCCACGCAGUAACAGUGAGUCUUUUCAGGAAGAGGAUCUGAGGCAGGGCUUUCAGUGGCCCACGAAGAGCCUCCUCCCUUUUGGGGCAGCCUCAUCCUACUUGAACCUGGAGAAGCUGGGUGAAGGUUCCUAUGCUACGGUUUACAAGGGGAUUAGCAGAAUAAACAGACAACUAGUGGCUUUAAAAGUCAUCAGCAUGAAUGAAGAGGAGGGAGUCCCAUUUACAGCCAUCCGAGAAGCUUCUCUUUUGAAGGGUCUGAAACAUGCCAAUAUUGUGCUCCUGCAUGACAUAAUCCACACCAAAGAGACACUGACAUUCGUUUUCGAAUACAUGCACACGGACCUGGCCCAGUACAUGGCCCAGCACCCGGGAGGGCUGCACCCUCACAACGUCAGGCUUUUCAUGUUUCAACUUUUGCGGGGCCUGGCGUACAUCCACCACCAACACGUUCUUCACAGGGACCUGAAACCUCAGAACAUUCUCAUCAGUCACCUGGGAGAGCUCAAGCUGGCUGACUUUGGUCUUGCUCGGGCCAAGUCCAUUCCCAGCCAGACAUACUCUUCAGAAGUUGUGACCCUCUGGUACCGCCCUCCUGAUGCCUUGCUGGGAGCCACUGAAUAUUCCUCUGAACUGGACAUAUGGGGUGCCGGCUGCAUCUUUAUUGAAAUGUUCCAGGGUCAACCUUUGUUUCCUGGGGUUACCAGCAUCUUUGAACAGCUGGAGAAGAUCUGGGAGGUGUUGGGAGUCCCUACCGAGGACACGUGGCCUGGAGUUUCCAAACUACCUAACUACAAUCCAGACUGGUUCCCACUGCUUAAACCUCAGAGCCUUCAGAACGUCUGGAACAGGUUGGGCAGGAUUCCGGAAGCAGAAGACCUGGCCUCGCAAAUGCUGAAAGGCUUCCCUAGAGACCGCGUCUCCGCCCAGGAGGCCCUGGUCCAUGAUUAUUUCAGCUCCCUGCCAUCUCAGCUGCACCAGCUUCCCGACGAGGAGUCUUUGUUUACAGUUUCAGGAGUGGGGCUGAAGCCAGAAAUGUAUGACCUUCUGGCUUCCUACCGGAAAGGUCACCGCACAGGCCACUUUAGCAAAUGCUGGUGAAAAGAAAGGGCAGCAUCGCCCAGAUCCUUCAGAUCCCUGGCAGGAAGGACAACGGGACAGACGGGAGAGUGACAAUGGAAAGAAUUCGGAGUCUGGGCUUGUGCUUACGGAAGCCUGUCACUCCUGGGUUCACUUAUAGUUCCUCCCAACAAAAGGACUUCUGUGGCAAGGAGAGGAUUCGUCUAAGGUUUAAAACAGCCUCCAGAGAAGAUGGUUUCUUGGAUAAAGUUGUCGACAAAAGGACUUGCUUAAGACUCUUUGUUAUGAUUUCCUAGGGCACUCCAUCCCUCCCUUCCUGCACUAUCAAAACACUUUACCGCCCCACCCAGCCAGAUUUUAGGAGUUUGGAUUGAGCUGCUGCUUAGAAUUAAAUUUCAGUUUAUCUCCUUCUAUUGAAUCCUAAUUGUCUGGGAUGAUUGCAAAAGUGAUGAGGAACCUAAGCUCUGAUUUGAUGGUGGAGAUACCGGGUAGACAGAUAGGGGCGAAGAGUUCCAAAGACGUAAUUCAAGUGCUGUUGCACCAUCAGACAUGCAUGCAUAUGUGCACACAUGUGACCCUGAAAUGAAAUGGGAGAUUUGUCUCGACUAACACACGUAUCAUCUUCUACAAUGACUCCUUCUGAAAGAAGCCAGGACAACUCAAAUUACUUUGUCAAAGGAUCAUCUACUCAAGAAAUGUGGUAGCCUAGAAACCAGAGACCUUUAUGGAUCCUUCAGAAGAAUAAGGAGGAACUAAUUAAGAAAGAAUUAAAAAUAGUACCUAUCCACCCAAAAUCUGAGAUGGAAGAAGGGAAAAGGGAUACAAACAGUCCAACGAAAUCUACCUUAGUGAGUACUUGGUUUUGGUAAGGCAUGUGACAAAGCCUGUCCAGAUAUACCUGAAAUACAAAACUGUGUGGGCUGGGUGGAUGGGACAGAUAUGUGAAUUCAAAGAGCAGUGGUUAUUCAACCUAGAGAAAGGCUGAUAGUGGUGUGUUACACGGUUCAGUCUUGAGUGCCAUUCUGGUCAAAUAUUUUUAUUAAUCAGUGGAGUAAAAAUCAGAGAAGGUACACAAUUUAUUCAUACAACCCACUAAAGUAAAUACUGUUAUUAUUCAUUUAUUAUUUCCAUUUUACAAAGGAGAAAACGGAAGCUCAGAGAAGUUAACUCCUCUAACGUAGUACACCAGAGUUAAGGUACAAAACUAUGGAGACAGUAAAAAGGAUCAGGGGUUGCCAGGGGUUAGGAGGGAGGAGAUGAUGAAAAGACAGAGCACAGAGGGUUCUUAGGGCAGUGAAACUAUGUUUGGUACUAUAAUGGCAGAGACAUGUCACUAUAAAUUUGUCCAAA